UCCAGCCCUCCGCCAGAGGUUUUUCUGUUUCCUGGUUCGGGGGCUGGCCGCCAUUUUGGGUUCUUGGUACCAGAACGGAGGCUAACGCCGCCAGCGCUGCCGGUACCUGUGAGGGAGGAAGUUGAGCCCGGUGGAAAGGGAGUGGCUGUCAUUGCCGGUGCUGUUCCCUCCUACUGCUUAUUUGGAUAGAAAGCCGCCCACCCCCCACCCAGGAGCUGCCGUCGGUGGUCUGACCGCCGCCUGCUCCGCGGAGCGAGCUCGUUCUCUACAGGCCGCGGGGCCCUCACUGACAUGUCCAGCAUGAAUCCCGAAUAUGACUAUUUAUUUAAACUCCUUCUGAUUGGAGACUCUGGUGUUGGGAAAUCGUGCCUUCUGCUUAGGUUUGCAGAUGAUACAUACACAGAAAGCUACAUCAGCACAAUUGGUGUGGAUUUUAAAAUCAGAACUAUAGAGUUAGAUGGAAAAACAAUCAAGCUUCAGAUAUGGGACACAGCAGGGCAAGAGAGAUUUCGAACAAUCACUUCUAGUUACUACAGAGGAGCUCAUGGCAUCAUAGUUGUGUAUGAUGUUACAGAUCAGGAGUCAUUCAACAACGUAAAACAGUGGCUGCAAGAAAUAGAUCGUUACGCCAGUGAAAAUGUCAACAAGUUGUUGGUAGGGAACAAAUGUGAUCUGACCACAAAGAAAGUAGUAGACUAUACAACAGCAAAGGAGUUUGCAGAUUCCCUUGGGAUUCCAUUUUUGGAAACCAGUGCAAAGAACGCAACAAAUGUAGAACAGUCUUUCAUGACCAUGGCUGCUGAGAUAAAAAAACGAAUGGGUCCUGGAGCUACAGCAGGUGGUGCAGAGAAAUCUAAUGUUAAAAUUCAGAGCACUCCAGUCAAACAAUCUAGUGGAGGUUGUGGCUAAAACUCUUCUCCCCAUUUGUUUCUCAACAAUGAGUUUGAAAUCUGAACCCAACUGGAAAAAAAUUGCCUGAAUUGUACUGUAUGUAGCUGCACUACAACAGAUUCUUAUCGUCUCCACAAAGGUCAGAGAUUGUACAUGUUCAAUACUGACUUUUUUAUUGCUUCCCCCAGUUCAAUAAAGCUAACUUCAUUUUCAGAAAUGUGUUAAACCUUUUCGUGUGCUGGUUUAUAAAUGCGUGUAAUCCUUGUUUUUUUCUAAAUACCAGAUAAGUUUCCUGUGGUUGGUUAAACUUGGAUUUUUUUUUUUCCUGAUCAUAUUGGCAUGUUUAGAUGUCAGGUUUAGUCUUCUGAAGAUGAAGUUUAGCCAUUUUUGUAUUCAACAGCACAACCGUGUCUGUCACUUUUCCAUGCAUAAAGUUUGGUAAUAUGUUCUAUGUAAGAUCUAAUUUGCUAGUUCUUGUAGAGUUAUAAACAAAAGAUUACUCUCUGGCCAGGAUCCAAAGAAUUGUGCUAACUUGUUCCAUGCACUCAAGGUUGGUUUGGAUACUUCUUGAAGAGCAUCUCCCCUGGCUAACCUCUUUGGAAACUGAGGGGCAUUUUCAAAGGGAGUGGGGGGUUGCAAUUCAGAACAGUUGCAAGCCUAUCGUAGCUCUUUGGAUCCCAAAUGCUGAUUCCCCCCCUUCAUACUCUACAUAUAAUUUGUGGCUGCAGAAUAUUGUAAUUUGUUGCACAAUAUGUAACAAACUGAAGAAAUGUUUAAUAAAUAUUGUACUUAUUGGAAGUAAUAUCAAACUGUAUGGUGAUAAGUAUUGUCUUAAUUCUUAAGGGGAAAGGCUUGCAUUGUGCCCUGAUGAACCUUUUUUAUGUGCAGCAAUGGCACUUUUGAACCUUUUCCUAGACCAGACCCUUCCAGCUGAGCAAAUAACUAGCAAGGAUGGCCUGAAUGACUGCGAUCCCAUGGUGUUUCUGGCAUGUAUGCUAUACUUGGAACACAAUUUAUAGAAUCAUAAUCACUCUGAAAUGUACAAUAUUUUCCCCUUCUAUGUGUGUCUGGAUCCGUUUCUAAAUGACUUCAUUUAGAAAUAAUGUGUCUCUUGCUCUGUCAUAGAAGAGGAAAAGCAGUAUUUUCCUAACAUAUGAAUGACUUCAAACUAACAAGGUGAUGUUAUCUCUGAUGGUAUGUUAUGUCUUUUCUAAAUAAUGUUACUUCCAUUCUCUCACAAUCAAAUACUGUUGACUUUAAUAAACUUAGUGCAAUUUA